ACACGCGCUCACACGCAGCCUAGCUUGCGGCCGCCGCUCCCGGGCCACCCCGGAUCCCCGGCACCGAGGGGACCUCCUGCAAGUGCAACGCAUCCUGUGCACCCCUCGCCUCCUUUGCGCUCGCCCUCGCCCCGCACCCCUUGCGGGUCCUGCAGGAAGAUGGUCCACGAGCGGUGGAAGACCGUGGGCGGCGCGUCCCAACUUGAGGACCGACCGCGCGACAAACCGCAGAGAGCAGGCUGCAGUUACAUCCUGUGCACGGUGCUCCUGUCCCUUGCGGUGCUGCUGGCGGUGGCUGUCACCGGCGCCGUUCUCUUCCUGAACCAUGCCCAUGCACCAGGCACAGCGCCUCCACCCAUCGUCAGCACUGGGGCUGCCGGGGCCAACAGUGCCCUGGUCACCGUGGAGAGGGCUGACAGUUCCCACCUCAGUCUCCUCAUCGACCCUCGCUGCCCUGACCUCACUGACAGCUUCGCCCGCCUGGAGGGCAUCCAGGCCUCCAUACUUCGGACACUGAGUGAGCACCAGGCACAGCCGCGGCUGGAUGGUGCCCCCGAGCUGCUGGAUGCACUGGCUGACCAGCUGCCCCGGCUGCUGGCCCGGGCCUCUGAGCUGCAGGCUGAAUGUGCUGGGCUGCGCAAAGGACACAGCCUCCUGGGCCAGGGCCUCAGCACCCUGCAGAGUGAACAGGGUCGCCUCAUUCAGCUUCUCUCCGAGAGUCAAGGUCACAUGGCUCAUCUGGUGAACUCAGUCAGUGAUGUCCUGGAGGCUCUGCAGAGGGAGCGGGGGCUAGGCCGGCCCCGAGUCAAGGCUGACCUUCAGAGGGCACCUUCCAGGGGAGCCCGGCCUCGAGGCUGUGCAAACGGAUCUCGGCCCCGGGACUGUCUGGAUGUUCUCCUGAGUGGACAGCAGGAUGAUGGUGUCUACUCCGUCUUCCCCACUCACUACCCAGCUGGCUUCCAGGUCUACUGCGACAUGCGUACUGACGGCGGGGGCUGGACGGUGUUUCAGCGCCGGGAGGAUGGCUCUGUGAACUUUUUCAGAGGCUGGGAGGCUUACCGGGAGGGCUUCGGCAAGCUUACAGGGGAGCACUGGCUGGGGCUCAAGCGGAUCCACGCCCUGACCACGCAAGCAGCAUAUGAGCUUCACGUGGACCUAGAGGACUUUGACAAUGGCACCGCCUAUGCCCACUACGGGAGCUUUGGUGUGGGCUUGUUCUCUGUGGACCCUGAGGAGGAUGGGUACCCACUCACGGUGGCUGACUACUCUGGCACUGCAGGCGACUCCCUCCUGAAGCACAGUGGCAUGAGAUUUACCACCAAAGACCGGGACAGCGACCAUUCAGAGAACAACUGUGCCGCCUUCUACCGAGGGGCCUGGUGGUACCGCAACUGCCACACAUCCAACCUCAAUGGCCAGUACCUGCGGGGCCCACACGCCUCCUACGCCGACGGUGUCGAGUGGUCCUCUUGGACGGGAUGGCAGUACUCACUCAAGUUCUCGGAGAUGAAGAUCCGGCCACUCCGUGAGGACCGCUAGACUGGCACGCUGCCCAGCGCUAGUGUCCUCUGGUUAUGUCUAGUCCACACACAUCUCAUCCCAUGCCCACCCCAUGCCCACUGCUUCGAGAAUACGCUCUGCUCACCUGUGCAUGGCUGGCCUGCUCUUCGGUAGGGCUGGCCCAGGGCUGACCCUGAAACUCAGCUCCCUGAGCCAGUGACGCCCCUUCCCAACCAGGUCCCUGUGUAUCAGGUAACAUGAUCGUUUGUUUCUAACAGUGGAGCUGGCACCUGGCAACCCCAAAUCCCACCUGCCCGGGCUUUGUCUGCUGCAUCCUGGUAGGGCAGCAUCCCCCACUUUUCCUGGCUUUGCAAAACCAUCCAGAGUAGGGGGCAGAGAGCACUCCAGCCCCCUCCCUCCAGCAGAUAAAAGUGGAAGAAGGUUCAGACCUCCUCGCCUGCCUGACACCUGCCUGCCUGCCCUAGCUUCAAUCCCCCAGGGCCUGGAGACCCUUCCUCUUAUCAGAGGACCUUGAACAGCUGCCACAGCUCUCACUUGUGGCCAACUGAGCCGGGGCACAGCUGCCUACAAAGCCCCAAGGCCAAGACCAGUCCCCUGGGCCACCCUUCCCCUGGGUUUCUGAAGAGCUGGGGCGGGGGUUUCUAUUCUCCUGGUUGCUUUCAAAGCUCAUUUGCUUUCCCACCUCAAACAAGGUCCACCUGCCCUCCUGCAGGGCAACCAUGGGUCCUGCCUGUGGGGCAAGAGGGGUGGGGUGGGACUGGCCUAAGCCAGUGAGAACCUCUUGGGGUGAGGCUGUGUCAGGCUCUUGUGUGGUGCCAACCUCUGUGGACUGACUCUAGGAUCUUCUCAGAAGCCAGAGUUAGAGUCAGCCAGCCCUGGGACUCAGCAUGGCCCAAGACUGCAGAGAGGCUGCCCCCUGCUGGCCAUCAUGGACACUGCCAUCAGGGCCUAACGGGGCAGGGGACAAAGCAUCAAGCAGGUUGGACGUCUGGACAUUUCCUUGUCUAACCUUCUCAACACCUGCACAGGUUAUCCCCCAGGAAGGCAGGCUGCAGCCCCACCCUCAGCUACCUUCUUGUCAGCUGAGACGCUCUUAUGGAAACCUGACAGGGGCUUUUAAAGGACUGGGUGGUAAGAUGGCAAUGGUGACCUCCAGUCAGGAGGCAGAGACCCACGCCUCUUCCUUCUGCCAGACUUGUGCCAAAGCCUGAACCCCGCUGAUGAACUGUGUGACCCGCUCAGUCCCUCACGUUGAGCCUCGGGUCUUCAGCAAGGGUCUGUCGCACAUCGGUUGGAGUCAAAGCCAUCCUAGGUGCUAGACAAGGCUGGCUAUUGCUUAUAUGUCCCAAGCUGAUGGCAAGAAGCAUGGGUAGAGUGGCCAUGGUUCUGAUGGGACAAGGGAUACACAGGGAAGUCCCCUCCCAUUCCCUCUCUGUCCUCGACACCCGGCACCUAGCUUCAUUGCAGAGGUGGGUAGGAGCCUAAACACAUCCCGGCAGACACCACCCACCCCCGAGGCUGCUGCUGAAGUGGCUUCUGUUGCCAGCUGCCGCUUUGAGCGCUGCUCAGAAGUGCCGAGCGCUUUCUGAUGUGGUAUCAAACAAACCCCUUCGAGUGAAGCAACAGAUUCACACAUGCGAGUGUGGGACAGGAGAGCUUCCAGCCAGGACUGAGCUGCAAGGACUGCAGGAACUGAAGCUCAUCCCACCAGGGCAGCUGGUGGGCAGGUGAGGGGUGACAAGCAUCCCUGUCUGCUCACAUCGGAAAUGACAGCCCUUUCAGCCCAGCCACUGCCCCAGGGACACCAAGCCCUCUCCCAGGACAGGUUGGUACUCUAGGGGGUGUGGUUCUGCCAAACACUGGCAGAAUGGGCACAAGGUAGGGAAAAGUAGGGAGAGACCAGGUCAAUAGUCCUUCACCUUCCUCAUGUGCACCCUCCAAGGGCAGGUGGGAGCACUGUCCAUGGGAGCACUGUCCCUGGGAGCACUGUCACAGCACACUGGGCCACAGCCUCCAGCCCUGGCUUGAGUUCACUGGUCUGAUGUCUGUGUAGAUGGCUGCCAACCAUAAUCAGAGUAGCCACGGAAAUCAGGAAUGUUUUUGGGGUGGGGGCAGGACAGGUGCAUGGAGACAUGAUAAUGUCAGCAGGCCGUGGGCCCUGACCCACCAGACCUACUUUGGUUUGGCAAUGGAUGACUAACCAGGGUGAGUCAGUGAUGUCACCUGGCAGUCACACUGCUUGCCUUCCUGGGCAGGGUCUCCACACCCCACACUAGGGUCUUAGCAGUGUGGCUGUCUCUUUGCAAAGCAUCAAAACUUCCUUCCAAGCCCUAGCUGGCUCUGUGGAUUCCACCAAAGGCCUCCCAGCUGGCUAUACCUGGACAGCAAUCCUGGGAUGAUGAGAGACCAGUUAGAGCCAUGAGCCUCUCCGGUGGCAUUAGUGGCUUGUGGGAGCGGCAGGACACUAGUGUUUGUUGUGGGAGUGGCGUCGCCAGUUCCCGGUUCUUCCCUGCCCCCAAACCCGUGUCACCCCAAGCCUCCAGGUGGAGGACAGGCAUCUGUGGCCAUGGUCACUGCAGGUCUUGGCUCCCAACAGCACUUCUGGAAGAGAGCAGGCCCUCGAAUGACCAGAAAGUCUCCGAGCAAGAGCGUGAGCCUCCAGCUUUGAAUAAAAUGACUUGACCCUGAGGCAGGAGACAUGGAUGAGCGAGGGGCAAGAGCUAGGCCCAUGGCUGCCCUGAACCCUGUGAUCUGAGGAGGAACACGCCAGCAGAAGUCUCAUGGAACCCAGGAGUGUGGUGAAGCAACAUGGACCCAAGCAUCUGGAGGCCUCUCAGUGCCUCCGUCUGCCUUCGGUGAAGGUUGCCCGAGGUUCUAAGGCUCAGCAACUGCAGGAUCCAUAAAUCCAGAGGCCAGGGUCAGGCCGCUGUGGAAUUGGGGGUGAGGGAGGGGUCAGACCUGAGGCUUUGAGGAGCAGGGCAGGCGUGCAUGCUGGCAGAUGCAAUGGAACCCUGGGCUGGGGAGCGGCUCUGAGGGUCAGUGCAGCAGCCCACAGGCAAAUAGUGUGGGUCGGUUGCUACUUGGGGCUUUGUGCACUCAGUGUCUUGUAUUUCCCUGUCUUCAAUAAAGUCUCGUGGUGACCCAA